AUGCAAAUUUCCGUCCUUGAAUGGAUCGAGCUUGUGAUACGUUUUAUUAUAAUGUACGCAUAUUACUACGCACUUCGACGACUUUUGAAGCAGCCUGACCACAACCCGUUGAGCGCGUGUAAUUUGUUGCUCGUCGUAGUCGAUAUGGUUUUCAUCAUCUUGGCGACGGCGCACGACUAUGCGGCAAAAAUCGCCGAGUUCGAGACGUUCGGCGAGAUCGGCCUCGAGCUGUUCAUGUUCAUACAGCUGAUCCGCACCUGGCUGCAGACAUACAUUUUUUGCCUCAUUUCCAUCCUACAAUUAAUCGCGAUCUACACCCCAGGGCAUUAUCGUGGCUUCACGAGGUGGAAGUCUGGCUUUUGCAUCGGGAUUGCUAUUCUGUUAGCUACAGCUCCUUCGACCAUCUCGCCAUCAGCCGUUUUUAUCGUCGACCCGAUGACGAACAGGACUGGAGAAUCAGUUCGGAGGGCCGCGAUGAGCCGUCUCAAGAUUAACGUCGACACCCGCCUGGCCAUCGCCUUCACCUAUAUUUUGGUGGAAACGAUAGCUAUCACCGCCUAUUUUAAGGUUAUCCAA